UAAACAAGAGUGUUCUUCAUUCUUUUCGCACCUAAAUUCAAAGUUCUGAAAGGCGAGCCAAGAACAAAUGGCUGGUUCGCUCGCUCUGAUAUCAGGCAAUGGCAGUGAGAACCCGAUGAAGACUGUCAGAUAUGAGUGGGAGAUCAACUUCGCUCGUUUCUUCGCCUAUCCCUCAAUCACCAUCUCUUGCUCGGAUCCUGUUCCUCUGCCUACUUGCCUCAGGAAUCGUCGUCCCGGAGGCAGUUGGAUCUCGUCCCCUUCCAUUGCUUUUUGCCGGCUCAUCAACGACUAUUCUAACUCCGAUGUGAUCAUCACCAUCUACUUCAACGACGAAGUACUCGAGGAGCACUACGUUUCCAAGCUGCAUUUUUCCUGGCCCCAGGUGUCAUGUGCAUCUGGAUUUCCUGCUAGGGGCAUCAAAACUGUACUAGUCAGCUACAGAGAUUCCGUGGGGGAGAUCCAGAAGUUCGGCAUGAGGUUUCCAUCAUUCUAUGAUGCACAGUCAUUUAUAGAUACUUUGAAGGGGAUCCUGGAAGAUAAGAAGGGACCAGAAACUCCCAAUACUGACUUUGGAUCUGAAAUUUCAUCGCAAUCAGAGUUUAUGUCAUCAAACAAGCACUCCCACCGAGCUGGUGAGGAACUUAGCACCAUAACACCUUUUGACACUUAUAUUCCGAAAAUGCCCCCAAGUUCCAACAAUGAAGGUAACCGGUAUUCAGGUACCCAAGAAAAGGAAACCACUGCUGGUCACAAUUUUGAAGGCGUAUACCCUGCCUUGCCUCCCAGUUUCACAUCAUUACUAAUGGAUUGCUCUGAGAUCAGCCAGGCUCGACAAAAUGUUUCCAAGGAGAUUGAUAUCAAGUCCCAGAUUGUGAAGUACAUGGAAGACUCUUUCUUCCAAGAUAUUUUGUCUAAGGUGGAGAAAGUUAUGAACGAAAUAGGAGGUGAUAUGUCGCUGUAGUUAUUAUCCGUGGCUUUCAGAAUGAACCCGUGGCAGUUUGGCAUCUCGCUGUUACCUGAAGCACGGCGGCUUUUACAUUCUAUCCAAUGUAAAAGGGAGCUUCUAUCCGUUCACAAGAAAGAUGAAAGGACAAAAAUGUGCUUCUACUUUAUCCUCUCAUCUGUCUUGAUUCCUAUAAACAGCACUAGACACAUAACCAAGUUGCUUGACUCGCUAAUCUGAGGUUUAAUGGCAUCUCAGCUUCUGAUAAAGGGUGAUCCAGCAAAUAGCAAAUGUAGUUUUUUUUUUUUUUUUUUUUUUAAGGAAGGGCAAUGUUAUGAUUUGCAUUUUUUGGUUAGAAGGAAAUGUAUGAUUGAUCCG